AUGCCUGUUAAGGAAAGUGAUGUUGAGUCUGAUGCUUGGCCUUCUGAUGAUAGUGAAGAUGAUGAUUAUGAAGUUUCUGAUGUUGAGGAUGCUUUGGAUAUGGACUUGGACAUUGAGGAUGACUACAUUGUGGGAGAAAAAGAUCUAGCUGAUAAUAUCCCUGAGAAGACCUUUGAAGAUUACUCAGAUGGGUCCCAUGUUUUAGACAAGAUGUACAUAAAUGUUGACUAUGCUGACAAUAAAAGAUAUACAGCAAAGUGUUUAAUCAGUGAUUGCAAUUGGAGGAUUCAUGCAGCAGUUCUCAGAGAUAAUAGUUCCAAAUACAAGGCUUGUUUCAUAUCUUUUGCAGCUCGGGUCAAAGGAUUCUUGGGUGGUUGCAGACCUAUCAUAGGAAUAGAUGGUGCACAUCUAAGUGGCUAUUACAAAGGGAUUAUGCUCACUACAGUUUCAAUUGAUGGGAAUAAUAAGAUUUUUGUGUUAGCCUAUGGUAUUGUUGACACAGAGAGCAUAGAUUCAUGGACUUAUUUCUUCAGAAACUUAAGGUGCUUAUGUGCCCAAUAUGGAUCUGAAAAGGAUGACUGGACUUUUAUGAGUGACAGGAUGAGGGUGUUGAAUCAGCUUUGUUUGAGGUGUUCCCAAGAGCAACUAGGAGAGUAUGCUGCCAGCAUUUCAAAUGCAUACAAUGAAUAUGUGUAUGGAAAAGCAAUGUCUAAGAUUAAGGAGUAUGAUGCAGCAACAUUUGAUUAUCUGACAGAAGUGGAAGAGCAAUGGAGUAUGCACAAGUUUGACAGAACAAUUUGUUGUGAUCAUAACACAACAAACUUUGUUGAGUCAUUCAAUGCAAUUACAAAGUCCAAUAGAGAUAUGCAUGUGCUGACAUUACUGGAAGGGAUUGGUUCCAGGUUUGAUAAAGCAAUUGAUAUGGAAUCUAAUGAGCUGACAGAUUAUGCUAAAGGGGUUUUGGAGACAAGGAGUGAUGAGUCUAGGUUCUGUCAUGUGACAGCAGCUAAUGGUGGAGAAUUUGAAGUCGGGGAUGGUCAUGUCAAGUUCCUUGUCACACUUGGGAAUAUCACCUGUGGGUGUAGGAAAUGGCAAGGAUCGGGGAUACCAUGCAAGCAUGGUCUUAGGGUCAUUUAA